UGAAGAUGAUGAAGAUAAUGAAGAUGAUGAUGACGAAGAGGAAGAGGAGGGCCGAGGCUGAAGGCUCUGCCGGGAGGUUGGGGGCAGUGGAUGACGCUGACAGCGAUGAUGAUGACGACGAUGAUGGUGAAGAUGAAGAUGACGAAGAUGAAGACGAUGAUGAGGAUGAAGAUGAUGGAAGCGAUGACGAAGAGGAAGAGGAAGGCCGAGGCCGAAGGCUCUGCCAGGAGGUUGGGGGCGUUUGGUGAUGCUGAUGAUGAAGAUGAUGGAGAUGGUGACGACGACGAUGAUAACGAAGAUGACGAUGAUGAAGGUGAAGAUGAUGACGGUGAUGAAGAUGAUGCUGAUGAAGAUGACGACAAUGGUGAUGAAGAUGGUGAUGAUGAUGAAGGUGAAGACGACGACGACGACGAAGAUGAAGGCGACGAUGAUGAAGGUGACAAUGAAAAUGAUGGCGAUGAAGGUGACGGUGAUGAAGAUGAUGACGAUGACAAUGAUGAUGAAGAUGACGAUGAUGAAGGUGAAGAUGCUGAUGCUGAUGACAAUAGUGGGGAUGAUGAAGGUGAAGACAACGAUGAUGAAGAUGAUGAUGGUGAUGAGGAUAAUGAAGAUGGUGCUGGUGAAGAUGAUGGCAAUGACGAAGAUGACAAAGAUGAAGAUGAAGACGACAAUAACGAAGAUGACGAUGAUGAAGGUGAAGAUGAUGACGAUGAUGAAGAUGACGAUGACGAUGAUGAAGAUGAAGAUGGAGAUGAAGACGACAAUAAUGAAGAUAACGAUGAUGAAGGUGAAGAUGAUAACGAUGACGAUGAUGAAGAUGAAGAUGGAGAU